AUGCGUUUCAUCAGCUUCCUCGCCUCUUCCGGCCUUGUAGCCCUAGCCUGGGCCUCGGGCUCGGCCGAUAACGCCACCGCCCGCAUGUUCACUUCCGCGGCUACUGCCGACCAGGGCUUCACCAUCCCGGAGGAGCUCCCCGAAGGCGUAUACUCGGUAGAUGUUGACGAGACUGGUUUGGCCCGCCACACCCGCGUCGGCGACAUUGUCGUACCUCUCGACGAUGCCGAGCCCGAGCCAGUCGUCGCGCGCGCCAGCACCCCCAGCCGGCUGCACAAGCGUUAUUGGGACUACGAGUGCGUGAAUCACGCCAAGAUGCAGAGAGCCCCCACCGACAGUGCGGUCGCUUCCCUCCGUAGUUACUGCGGCAGCGGCCGGCUGGCGUACGCCGGCACUCACUACUACGCCAUCGCCAACGGCGACGGCCAACGGAUCGCGGCCUUUUACUGCCGGUAUGCCGGUUCGGCGUAUUGCACCAGCGAAGAGACCAGGGUGAGGUACGCCUCCAUCACGGGCGUUUGCGGCUUGUACAGCGAGGGAUGGUCCGACUGGUGGGAGGGCCCGACUUCACAAAUGGCCAUCGGUUACCACCCCGUGAACUCGCGCGGGGCUUUCUGCGGGAGGAACCACGAUCAGCGCCAGGCUACUUGA